AGGCUUGAUUAAAGUUUAGAUCGCGUGAGAGGAAUUCGCGCGUUCGAGCGCGGAGUCGAUAUUUAUGCAUGGAUUCUGAAGACGAAUUCGUGAUGAACGACUCUGGGAAUGAAUCCGACGAUUCCGACUCCGACGACGUGGAGUUGAGUCCUGAGGGAAUGUUGGAACCUCGUCAAGAUCGCAUGGACAUUGAAGAUUCUUCAUUUGAAGUGUUGUCUACCGAGCAAGUUGUGCAGUUUAUGAACGACAACAUAGCUGAUGUUACCUCCGUCGUUGAGAUUCCAAAAACUAUUACGAGGAUCCUCCUGCAACAUCUCAACUGGGACAAAGAGAAGCUAAUGGAGAAAUACUUUGACGGAGAUCAGGAGAAACUGUUCAGGGAGGCUCAUGUGAUAAAUCCGUUUCGGAAAACCAGGUUACUUCCUGACAGGGGGAAUGGUAAAGAGAAGUGCGAAAUCUGCAUGGAAGAUACUCCCUCGUCGGCGAUGACCGGGAUUGAAUGCGGGCAUAGGUUUUGCUCGAAGUGCUGGGUUGUUUACCUCACUGCUAAAAUUACGGAAGACGGAGUCGGAGCCAGCAUUUCUUGCGCUGGACAUGCGUGUGACAUUCUGGUGGAUGAUGAGACCGUGAUGCGAUUGCUAGGGGACCCAAAGGUUAAAAUCAAGUACCAGCACUUGAUCACCAAUAGUUUUGUGGAGUGCAAUCGUUUGCUGCGUUGGUGUCCAAAACCCGAAUGCAACUACUGCAUAAAGUCAUCGACGUACGAGUCGCAGCUCGUCAAGUGCCGUUGUGGACAAAUGUUUUGCUUCCUCUGCUGCCAAGACUGGCACGAACCCGUCAAUUGUGCCUUGUUGAAAAAGUGGAAGAAAAAAUGCGACGAUGACUCGGAAACGUCCAAUUGGAUUGCGGCGAAUACCAAGGAAUGCCCAAAAUGUGCUGCAACUAUUGAGAAGGACGGCGGUUGCAAUCACAUGGUGUGCAAGAAAACGAGCUGUCGGCAUGAGUUUUGUUGGGUGUGUCUCGGCCCCUGGGAACCGCAUGGAGCAUCUUGGUACAAUUGCAAUCGUUUCAACGAGGAUUCUGCCAAAGCUGCUCGAACCCAACAAGAAACUUCGCGCGGAGCCUUGCAACGUUAUUUGUUCUAUUAUUCUCGCUACUCGAAUCACACUACGUCUUUGAGAUUCGAGACGAAGCUGCACUCGGCAGUCAAGGACAAGAUGGAAGAGAUGCAGCAACACGGAAUGUCGUGGAUCGAGGUCCAAUUUCUCAGAAAGGCCGUCGACAUUUUGUGUCAGUGCCGACAGACGCUCAUGUAUACUUACGUGUUCGCGUUUUAUUUACAGAAGACGAACCAGUCCGUCAUUUUCGAGCACAAUCAGAAGGAUUUGGAAAACGCGACUGAAGAACUCUCUGCUUACCUGGAAAGGGAUAUUGCGAAAGAGAACCUGACGGAAAUCAAACAAAACGUUCAGGAUAAAUCCAGGUAUUGCGACGGGAGACGAGCAGUGUUGGUGAACCACGUGUACGAAGGCUAUGACAAGGACUGGUGGAUGUAUACGGAUUGAAAAGGAUUAGUGUUCAGUGCGGAACUAUCUGCUGAGAACGUUUCCCCGUGGGAAAGAGUGAAACAGAGUUUUUGUUUUCUUGAAUGAAUCAGUGAUUCACUUAUGAUUAGCAAUCGGUUGAUUUUAAAGAUUAUUCGAUGGGGAGUUUCGUGGUAUACAGCAGCACCUUAGCUUCUGAGUAUCGUGGUUGACGCCUUAUGAUGAACGCCUUUUGUGCGUUCACCUAAAUUUUUGACAGCCUGUAAUGAUUCAUGAAAUAGCUGAUUAAAAGUGGUGAGAAAGAAGUGUAUCAGGUUUUCAUUUCAAUCCUCUCAUUUUAAUAUAAUGAACAAGUCGUCAUGUUUAUGAAUGGGGCUACAAGGGAGGAAAAAACAAAAACCCUGAAGUAGGCUGUGAAAUCCGAAUAAGUGGCCUGUAUUGCGUGAGGUUGAUUGCGGACAGAUAAUUUUCUCUAGUUGGAGUCAUGUGAGAGAAAAUGUGAGGGAAAGCGGAUUCUGUGAGUUAUGGCGUUACCAAGUUUUUUUUUCGAAUUCUCGGUUUUUGAAUACGUGUUGGUUUUGUUUUUGCAUGCGUGAAAUUGUUGAAUUAUUGAUUGGUGGAGGGUCCGUUUUUUCCCCGAAUUCAUUUUCGUCUUCAACUGCAUCCUUGAAGGAAUAUUUCAGUGCAAAAAUACUAUGGGAGUAAGUGCGGUUUUUUAUGGAAAUUGAGAAAGCAAACGCGAUCUGAUGGAAACAUCUGCGUUGUUGUUUUGUGAGGCGUGGGAAUUUCAUCGUGUACUGAUACUUUUCUGUUCUUGUCGCGCGUCCUUUUUUUUUUAAUUUUGACCCCAGUGAAUGACUCGCAAAUUUUCCUGGGUUCUUUUGUCCGAAUCCCAUUUUUAAGGCC